AUGUCUUCCGCCAACUACUUCAAGGCGACCGUGAAGGAGGUGCUGAGCGGCGACUCGAUCGUGCUGGUCGGAGGGGCGCGCCCUGGCACGAUCCCUGCCGAGAAACGGCUCACUCUGUCGUCCCUCAUUGCGCCCAAGCUGGGCAAGCGCGACGGCACGACAAAGGAUGAGCCCUUUGCUUGGGCCUCCCGCGAGUUCCUGCGCAAGAAGCUGAUUGGCCAGACCGUCACCUUCCGCAUUGACUAUGUCGUGGAGGCCAUCGGCAACAAGGAGUUUGGCUCCGUGUUCCUGCAGACCCCUACGGGCCAGCAGGAGAACGUCGCGCUCAGCAUCGUGCAGAACGGCUGGGCCAAGGUGCGCGAGACGGGCUCCCAGCAGAGCCCCUACAUCGAGGAGCUCCGCAAGGCGCAGGACGCGGCGCAGCAGGGGGCCGCCGGCCUCUGGAGCAAGGACGGCCAGGCCCUCGCGGCCGCGGUGCGCCCCUCGGCCGCCGGCGAGGGCUUCAACGCGGUCGACUUCCUGCAGAAGGUCGGCAAGAGCAAGCCCGUGGCCGGCAUCGUGGAGGCGGUGCUCAAUGGAAGCACGCUGCGCGUCACGUUGCUGCCGGACCUCACGCCGCCGGAGCCGUUUGCGCGGGAGGCCAAGUGGUUCAGUGAGCAGCGCGCCCUCAAUCGCGAGGUGCGUGUUGUUCUUGACGGCGUGGACAAGUACCACAACCUGUUUGGCAGCGUCAUGUACCCCGAGGCCGACAAGCCUGCCAGCCUGGCAGAGGCCCUCGUGACCGCCGGGCUCGCGAAGUGCGUGGAGUGGAGCCUUCAGAUGAUGACCGUCGGCGCGCUGCGGCUGCGCGAGACGGAGCGCGCCGCCAAGGCGGCCAAGCGCGGCAUCUGGCACUCGUACGUCCCCGUGGCCACCGGCCAGACCAAGCUGUCGGACGGCUUUGUGGGGCGCGUGAACGAGGUGGCCAGCGGGGACACGCUGAUCAUCAAGGACGUCAACGCAGGCGUGGAGCGGCGCGUGCAGCUGUCGAGGUGGGGCCCGAGGGGGCGUGCGUGCGCGCGCGCGCGGCGCGAGGCGGCCCCCGGGCCGCAAAGGGCUGUCGUCUCUCAUGGCGUGGCGUAG